AGGGGGGAGGACGGAGAGGGGCCUGAGGCUGUUAUUUAAUAAUCUGUUUUUCUUUUUCUUUUUUUUUUUUUUUUUUGGCCCAGUCCCUCCCAGGCCGGGGCGGAUCUGGCGGGGCACGCCUCCUCUCCUACAAAAGGUCCCGGCUCCGGCUGAGUGUCAGAGCUGCGUACAGUGCAGUGUAGACCCCCGAGAUGGUGUCGGUGAGCAGGUCCGCCUUCGGGGAGCUGCCGGCGGGCCUGGGCGGGGGCGCGGUGGAGAAGUUCCAGCUGCGCUCGGACCAGUUGCGCGUGGACGUCCUGACCUGGGGCUGCACGGUCACCGCGCUGGAGGUGCCCGACCGCCACGGCCGCUCGGCGGACGUGGUGCUCGGUUUCGAUGACCUGCAAGGUUACCUCCAGCUGCAGCCCUACUUUGGGGCCGUAGUGGGCCGAGUGGCCAACCGCAUCGCCAAAGGCACCUUCACACUGGACGGGAAGAAGUACCAGCUGCCCAUCAACCGUGAGCCCAACAGCCUACAUGGUGGCAUCCGGGGUUUUGACAAGGUGCUCUGGACCCCCCGGGUGCUGGCCAAUGGUGUGGAGUUCUCUCGGGUCAGCCCGGAUGGCGAGGAGGGCUACCCUGGGGAGCUGCGAGUCUGGGUAACCUACACGCUGGACAGUGGGGAGCUCGUGAUCAACUACCGGGCCCAGACCAGCCAGCCCACCCCCGUCAACCUGACCAACCACUCCUACUUCAACCUGGCCGGCCAGGGUUCCCCGGAUAUCUAUGACCAUGAGAUCACUAUCGACGCUGAUGCCUUCCUGCCAGUGGAUGAGACCUUGAUUCCGACAGGGGAAGUGGCCCCAGUGCAGGGCACCGCCUUUGACCUGCAGAAGUCAGUACAGCUGGGGAGGCACCUGCAGGAGUUCCAUUUGCAGGGCUUCGACCACAACUUCUGUCUGAACAGGACUCAGGACAAGCACUUCUGUGCCCGUGUGCAGCACGCGGCCAGCGGUCGGGUUCUGGACGUGUCCACCACGCAGCCGGGCCUACAGUUCUACACAGGCAACUUCCUGGACGGCUCCCUGCAUGGCAAGGGUGGCUCGGUCUACCCCCGGCACAGUGGCUUCUGCCUGGAGACCCAGCACUGGCCUGACUCUGUUAACCAGCCUCACUUCCCCUCAGUGCUGCUGAGGCCUGGCGAGGAGUACAACCACACCACCUGGUUCAAGUUCUCAGUGGCCUAAGGGGGCUCCCGGAGACAAGACGCCAACCCAGUCCUGUGGAUCCAAGCCAUUCUGUGGAUGGUGAUGACACUACACCUAAUUUCUCCCCGGUCUAGCAGUCACCUGGCCAGGGGGCUCCAUCCCUCCUUCCCUCAGGCUGUCAUGCCCUGAUGCCACAUGGGUACAGACUGCCCUUAAAGCCCCUAUGUUCAGAGAGGGAAUGUGACCCACCUUAGCACAAAGUGGGAAGGGGACCUGAAGUCCUCAGAAGAAAUGAUUUUCUUGGCUCUGCUUCAGCCAGUCUGACUGCCAACCCACUCCCCACCCUGUCAGCCACUCUCAGCCCAGGCCACUCUCGGAAAAAGCAACUGUUGUACUGGCUGAAGCCUUAUGUGGUGGGACAUGACCUCCACAAAUGGAAUGAAAGAUAGCUAACUUGGUAGUGAUGUCCUGCACACAAACCCUGUAGAUGAGGUCCCCAAUUCAACCCCCCCCACCACCACCACCACACAGGACACCAUGAAUGGUGUCAGGGAGACUCCACAGAGGUGCAGUGCUCUGGUCUCUCUUCUCAAUUAAAAGGGGGGGGGGGCAGUGGAUAAAGCUUUUCUCAUUAAUAUAAUCUUGGGGCUGGGUGGUGGCAGCAAACCUGCUUAAGUGCCAAGGACCCGGGUUUGAGCCCCCAGUCCCCGCCUGCAGGAGGAAAGCUUCACAAGUGAUGGAUCAGGGCUACAAAUGUCUCUCUCUCCCCUUCCCUCUCAAUUUCUGGCUCUCUAUUCAAGGAAUAAAGAUAAUUUUAAAAAUAA